CAGGCGGCUCAGCCCACCCGCUGGGUCGCCCCUCGUAAUCGCGGCAGCGGGUUCGGUCAAAACGGAGCGGACGGUAACGGAGUGGGACAGUCUCAGGCCGGUUCUGGUUCUGCUCCUUCGGAGCCGCACCCGGUCUUGGAGAAGUUGAGAUCCAUCAACAACUACAACCCCAAGGAUUUUGACUGGAACCCAAAACACGGCCGCGUUUUCAUCAUUAAGAGUUACUCUGAGGACGAUAUCCACCGUUCCAUUAAAUAUAACAUCUGGUGCAGUACAGAGCACGGCAACAAGAGACUGGAUGCCGCCUAUCGCUCCAUGAACGGGAAGGGCCCUGUUUACUUACUGUUCAGUGUCAACGGUAGCGGUCACUUCUGCGGAGUAGCAGAAAUGAAAUCUGCUGUGGACUAUAACACCUGUGCGGGGGUGUGGUCCCAGGACAAGUGGAAGGGACGUUUUGAUGUCAGGUGGAUUUUUGUGAAGGACGUUCCUAACAGCCAGCUGCGACACAUCCGCCUAGAGAACAACGAGAAUAAACCAGUGACCAACUCCAGGGACACUCAGGAGGUGCCUCUGGAAAAGGCUAAGCAGGUGUUGAAAAUCAUUGCCACCUACAAGCACACCACCUCCAUCUUUGAUGACUUCUCACACUAUGAGAAACGCCAAGAGGAGGAGGAAAAUGUUAAAAAG